AUGUGGUUGCAGCAUGCAAUUGGGUAUGUAACCGAUGGAGAAUUUUAUGGAGCAAAGGCAACUUUAAAUGUAUGGGCUCCAAAUGUUACAAGGCCUUUUGAUUUUAGCCUUUCACAAAUUUGGGUUAUUGCGGAUGUUCCAACUCAUGGGUUAAGCACUUUGGAAGCUGGAUGGCAGGUUGCUCCAGCCAUGUACGGAAAUAAAUUGCCAAGAUUUUUUCUUUAUUGGACCAAUGAUGGGUAUCGAUCUGGAUGCUACAAUUUGUUGUGUUCGGGGUUUGUACAAACAACUCAUGAGAUUUGUCUUGGAGCUACUUUUGAUGCAUUAUCAACGUAUAACGGUACACAGUACGAUUUCGACGUACUAAUCUGGAAGGAUCCAAGACAUGGAAACUGGUGGUUGAGGGUGGGAACGAUUAUAGUUGGAUAUUGGCCUGUAGCUUUAUUCCCUGACUUUAGUAAACAUGCAACAGCGAUUGAAUAUGGUGGAGAGGUGUUUAAUGCUCAAAGCCAUGGUCAACAACCCACAUCAACCAUAAUGGGGAGUGGCCACUUUGCAACCGAAGGGUUUGGAAAAGCUUCAUUUGUUAGGAACAUGGAAAUUGUUGAUGAACACAAUGUGUUACAACCAGUUGGAGAUGUGACUUUGUUAACAGAAAAACCAAAUUGUUAUGAUGUUAAAAAUGGGUUUAAUAGUGUUUGGGGUUAUUAUAUAUUUUUUGGAGGGCCUGGAAAUAAUCCACAUUGUACCUAA